CGCUCCUCGCUGCAAAUAACAAGGCAAUUCUUAAGUUUAGUUUUGCAGGUAUCCGUACGUCCAGCUGAAAUGAAUUUUCUAUCGUGUACCGUUCUUGUACUGGUCUCUGACUUUUUGAUCGCGGUAACUUGUGUAAAAACUAAGCAAUAUGCUCGCAUGAACAUGACCCUCAAUGAAGCAGGCUGCGGCGAGGCUAUGGCCUCCAGAUUUGUCGACGAUGUCGCCAUGGAGAACGUGGUUGUCGCCCAAAACCCGUGGGUGGUUCUUCUUGCCAUACGGAUCCGGGACAACAUGGACACGUGUUCUGGUACCAUUGUGACCCCUAUGCACGUCGUCACCAAUGCACAGUGCUUAGUCAGGGAGCGUGCUGGGCCAAGGUCGGUCACAGUGUUCUACGCUAGCUCUGAGAAAUUCCAUGGCUACCGUGUCAGAGGAAGCAGCUAUCUCAUCCAUCCUGCUUUUUCCGAGGCGACACUCAAUCAUGAUAUUGCCUUGCUCAGGGUGGACAGCCCCUUCAUACAAAGCAUGUAUGCAAGGCCAGUCUGCAUUCCCGUGGAGCGAUUCGACACGGAGGGCCUCUUCGUUAUCGUCACUGGCUGGGGUCAAGAAGACAACACGACACGUCCACAACACACCAUGUACAACACCGUGGUGAAGGUGUCUCCAGCCGCUGAGUGCCAAAACUUGUACAAGCGGUUCGGUUUCAACGAGCACGUCAUGCUGUGCGCCAAGAGAGCCGACAAGAACUACUGCGAGAGUGACACUGGUGGAGCAGCAGUGGCGGCGGCGGUGAGCGGCCGCUUCUACCUGGUCGGCCUGCUGUCUUACUCCACAUCAUGCGCCAACCUGGGAGGCCGCGUCUACCCGAGCAUCUACACCCGCGUGGACGUUUUCUCAUCGUGGAUCGGCGGGUCACUGAAUUCUGUCGAAAACUACAAGGCACUUCGCGAAUGAGCGCAUCGAUGAAGUAUAGCCACGCCAUGUGUGGUGCUGUGACUAGAAUAAAUCUUUAAA